AAAGUGGUUUUGAUGGUUUUGAUGGUCACUAGCUCACCUCACACCUUGAUAAGAACCCACAGCCUUGGCCUCCUUAGCUCCUACAUCAACAGCCGACCAAGCAAACCAGCAUGCUAAUGUUCAACCACUAGUAGUACCUUUCCCCAGUGUCAUAACCCCAUGAUAGCCAGAUCAGUUCACUAAAUACUCUCCUAGUGGACUCUGCUGGGCAAAGAGCCACUUCGUUUCCAGGAAAGGCUUUCUUUCUCUUAUUUUUUAAGGAAACAUUGCUGAAGGGUCCAUUCCAACCUGGAAACUGGGAGACUUUAGCCAUCAAAUAGCACAAGGUGAAAAAAAAAAAGUGUGGGUAUAAAGACAACGCAAUAAGAACCCUUUCCUCAGAUUCGCAUCACGAUGGAAACCUUUUGCCUCAAGGUGACCUUUUGGGUAGCGCUGGUUGGAUAUGUAAUCGGUGAUCAUCCUGAGAGCUACAGCACAAACCUAAGCACUCCAGUGGAUUUCACCACUUUUCAUGGAACAGAACUCAGCUUCCUGGUCACCACUCAUCGACCCACUAAUUUGGCCCUACCUAGCAAUGGCUCAAUGCACAGCUAUUGCCCACAGCAGACUAAGAUUACUUCAGCUUUCAAAUACAUUAACACUGUGAUAUCUUGUACUAUUUUCAUCGUGGGAAUGGUGGGGAAUGCAACUCUGCUCAGGAUCAUUUACCAGAACAAGUGUAUGAGGAAUGGCCCCAACGCACUGAUAGCCAGCCUUGCCCUUGGAGACCUUAUCUAUGUGGUCAUUGAUCUCCCUAUCAAUGUGUUUAAGGAAUAUUUUGCAAUGGAAAAUCAAGACUCAAUAUGUUGCUCUGGCAGAGGAUCUGAGCAAUGUGGAAACCAGAGAUGUUCACUUGGAGCCAGUUAUCUCCAUGUUCACACAGCCUUUGACAUCUUGUGCAACUGGAAUCCAUUCUUUUUUGGGGCAGCCAUACAAAAGUUGUUUCUUGACACAUCAGAUCACCAAGGCAACUCCUGUCUCAAAAAUAAAUGGCCACAACUUAUGGAUUGUGUGUCUCAAACAAAGUAGUUAGUUGUUCAUUAAGUGCUUAUUGAUAUGAUUUGAUUUAUUAGGGUCUUUACUGUUAAAAUUAACUUCUAAUCAGAUUUCUCAGAGAUCUUCAAGUUAAAAUAUUGAUGGUGAUGACGAUGAUGAUGACAAUUUGUCACAGGAAAUCUCCAUUUAUGUACAAGAUACAGGAUAUUACCCAUGGUAAUAUUCGCCCAAAUUGAUGAAAUUACUCACCAAAUUAUUGCAUAUAUGAUAACAGUGGUGUUUUCCUUUUACUCCUUAUCAAACAAAUAAAAGCAGAUCUUUCUCAUGCACUCCAGUAAUAGUGCUAUAACCAUAAAAUUAGGAAUAAAAACUGUAUUCCCUGAAUUUUGCAAAAGAAAAAUGUGUCCCUUGACUAAGAUCUCUGCCCGUUGCUGGUGCAUUCCAUCCCAGCUAAACAUUUCCUAUGGGGUGGCUCUGACCCUGCCUUCCCUCCUAGCACUUCUCUGCACACUUUCCCUCCAUUCACUCUAGCUUAACCUCGCCUGUCUGAGAAUAAAUACCAAGAUGAUCUUUCUACCUGGCAUAUUUUUCCUCAUGCUGCUUCCAACUUAUUCCACUUGAUUCUUCAGAUCUCCACCUAAACGUUUAUCUCUUUGUCUGGCAAGUAUCUAUGACCCAAACUGUGUUAUUGCCUUUCUGACGUGCUCCCAUGACACCCUCUAUUAACUCUGAAAGAGCAUUUAACAUAUAUUUCACUGUCUUUGCCAGUUCACUUGCCUGUCUGCCCCACUAGACUGCAAGACUGUUGAGGCAAGCUGCCAUCAUUCUCAUUUAUCAUUGUAUCUCCUGUAUCCAGCAUUGUACCCAACUUAAAAAGUAUUUGAUGAAUGAGUAAAAUAAGAAAAUGUACUACUUGCUUCUCUGAGAAUGUUUUUCCUCCCAUAC